AUGUCGUCGAAAGUCAUCAGCAUCACGUCCCAAGCGCACUUCAAAAGCAUAGUCGCCUCAUCCACCUACGUGGUCGUCGACUUCUACGCCGACUGGUGUGGCCCUUGCAAGCAGAUCAGCCCCAUCUUCGAACAACUCGCCGCACAAGAAGCCAAACCCGGUCGCCUCGCCUUCGUCAAAGUCAACGUCGACAACCAGCGCGAUGUAGCGGCUACCUAUGGCAUCUCCGCCAUGCCCACCUUCCUCGUCCUCAAAGGCACUAAAGUCGUCGAAACCGUCCGUGGCGCAAAUCCUAAUGCCCUUCGAUCCGCCAUUCUGUCAGCAGCAGCCGAUGCCGCGAAAGGUCCCGCUAAGCAGAGCGCUGCAUUCGGAGGCAGUGGGCAGAAGUUGGGUGGAGAGUCCAGCGCGAGUGGAGGUCGAACUUUGGGCUCGGGAGCUGGAGCUGGAGCUGGAGGAGGACUGCAGAUGCCGAAUGUGAACUUUGGACAACUAUUCUCUGCACCUGCAUCUUUUGCUCAAGGGCGAGGACUGCCGGCGCAGAUUGUGAGGUUUCUGGGGCUGUAUAUCUCGACGCUUUUCAGCUUCGAUCCCCUCCGGACCGCGCAGGAGAGCCCAUUUGCCGUGCAGGGGAGGACGAAUGUCAAGACGAGGUAG